AUGACGUAUUACCGCGAUAAUCCGUAUGCGUCGAAAGCCCACACUCCCCUCAUCGACCUGAUACCAGACCACCGCCAUGAUUUAGACGUUUCUGAUGAGGAAGACAGCUUCUACGGCAAAGACGAUGACUUCCUGAUCCCCGUCAAGUGGCAGAACAGACUCGACAACGUUCCACGACGCGUCAAGCGCAACCUACUCGCCGCCUUUGGUGUCGCAGUCUUAAUCCUACUAAGCUGGUGCACAUACUUUGGGCCACGGCGCGCCGCAAUACGGUACGAAAUCAAGCUGAUGGACGAGGCACCGGCGAUGGGCUAUGGCAGCAACCUGCGCCCGGAUUUCAAGGACAUGAUCCAGGUCAAGGAUAUGGACGAGGAGCAUCUCCCUAAGAAGGGGAAGCGACUCAUCUUUGUGGGCGAUGUGCACGGCUGCAAGGAGGAGCUGCAGCAUUUGCUGAACAAGGUUGAUUUCCGACACAAGCAUGAUCAUCUCGUCCUGGCUGGCGACAUGAUCACGAAGGGCCCCGACUCGCCUGGCGUCAUCAAAAUGGUCCGCCAGCUCGGCGCCUCUUGCGUCCGCGGCAACUGGGAAGACAAGCUCCUCCUCACCAUCGCCGGCGCCGAACAGAUCCAUCCCUCAUCCGCGGAUGACGAGCAUCCUCUUGACUUUGUCGACUCCGCAUCGCACUCCAACGGCGACAAGAAAUUGCUCAAGCUCGCCAAGAAAUUAUCUCGCAAGGACCUCGUGUUCCUACAACAAUGCCCCGUCAUCCUACGCGUCGGCCACGUCCCGAAUCUCGGCAACCUCGUCUCCGUCCACGCCGGCCUCGUACCUGAUACCCCGCUUGAGAAGCAAGAUCCUGUACAUGUUAUGAACAUGCGCACAAUCGAUCUCAAGACGCGCAUCCCAUCGUCGAAACACAGUGGCACACCCUGGGAGAAGUUCUGGAACCACCAACAGGAGAAGCUUAAGGAACAUCAGCGCACUACGGUUAUCUACGGCCACAACCGAAAGCGCGGAUUGAAUAUACAUAAAUACACGAAGGGGCUGGACACUGGUUGUGCCAGCGGUGGACAUCUGACUGCGCUUGUCGUGGAUGACAAAGGCGAGACAGAGCUUGUGUCAGUAAAGUGCGAGAAGGCCAAGGGCUAUGAUGAGGAAUAG